AUGCUCCGUGGUUCUAGUGCGUCGUCGGCUGUCCAGCAGGAGGAGCAGAGCAAUGCUGACCAGCAGGCUGCUAGCACCAGCGACGUGCAUCAUCUCCAAAUUAGCGCACCAACCGUGACGAAGGAAAAAGGGACAUCGAUACCAAGGACUUCUCACCACUCGGGGAUUUAUGUGCACGCGGCGAACAGCAGCAGGCGCGGCGGGGUCGGUGCGGCCUCUUGCGACGGGGCAGCGCUGGAAAGCUUGCAAGAGGACACACGAUGCGGUAGGGUCGCGAAGAAGCGCACGUUCGUGCAUUUUUUCGACACGAUCUGCUGCAUGACAUAA